CUUCAAUGACCGUAUCAUGUCCCACGUAGGUGGGUAUGAGGUAGGAGGUUCUUUCUACAAAGCCUUUUUCGUAUAAUAACACCCAGACCAAUCCUAGUUUUUAGUUUUGUGUGGUAUCUCCUUGAAUGUUGGUCAUGAAGCUGUUACUUCUAGUUCUUGUGGCUACGGCCUUUGCGGAUGAUUUUGACACCUACAAGCGUUUACAUCCUGAGGAAUUCUCUGGUAAACUCGAGGGUGAUAUAGCUGUUAGGCCAGGUGAAGAAAAUCAAGUAUACAAUGCCAUUGUGGAUCGUAGCAGACGCUGGACAAACGGAAUUGUACCAUACGAAAUCAGUGAUGCAUUUGAUGCUGCCAGAGUCCUAAGGAUUGAGGAAGGAAUCGACACCUUAAACAGCCAGACUCGAGUCAAUGGCCAACAGUGCAUCAACAUUAUUCCCCACACCAACGAGGUUGAUUACAUCUAUAUUGACCAACUCUCAGGUUGCUGGUCCUUCAUUGGUCGCAGUGGAGGUGAACAAGACUUGUCAAUUGGCCGAGGCUGUGAGAGAAUUGGAACAGUUAUGCACGAGAUCCUCCAUGCUAUGGGAUUCUACCAUGAGCAGUCUAGGAGUGAUAGAGAUAACUUUGUCAUCAUCAAUUAUGACAACAUCAGGUCUGGUUCUGAGCGCAACUUUAGACGCAUGGAAGAAGGAACAAUCGACCUUCUCAACACUUCUUAUGAUUACAAUAGCUGCAUGCAUUAUGGCGCAUACUCCUUCGCUGUGGAUCGUACCAUUCCCACCAUCAUCACCAUUGAUCCCGAUGCAGAGAUUGGCCAGAGAACUCGCCUCAGCACUUUGGACAUUCAGAGAGUUCAGAAGCUCUAUGACUGUAUCCCAACUGAGUAAAUAAGUGCCUUGUGCUCGGAAAUAAAUAAUAUGUGAGAAGAGAA